GAACAGCUAUCUAAGCUUGCUGCAUGAGGUGGUCGAGAAGUAUAUUCCCCAAUCUCUUAGUUCCGCGCUGGUGAUGGGACGGUGUGGAGGUUAGUGUAUCGGGGUUUUCACUUCUUUCCGUCCCUCAUAAUUCUCAAUCCUCCCGUUCUUUUUUCUCUCUUGUAAUUGUUUAGUUUAUUGUACAGUUUGGUCUCGAGUAUUGUUUAUAAGGAAGAAGAGAUGAAAGGAGAAAUGGCAAUACCAUCUGGGUUGGAACUUGAUGUCCUUCCCACCGUUCAACCUACACUCACCCAUUCUCACCUGGAAUUGAGAAAGACUAUCUCGAAUAUUUCUCAAUCUCCUCCCAAUCCCGAGUUCUACUCUUUACACCAGACAAUAUCCCAUCCUAUAUCUCUCCACCCAUCACCCUCACACCCUUCAACAUCCGGAUCUAAAUCUAAAUCUCAGUUCGAACCCCACAUCCGAUCUAUAACCCCAUCUCCAUUACCUUCGCCCUCACAACCUUCUUUAACACAACAACCAGAUCUCGAGGCCUUACAAGUUGCAGAAACUGAAAAUAGGGCUGAUUACACGUUCCCGGAGGGAGGAACACAGGCAUGGCUUGUGAUACUUGGGGGUUUCUCGAUUAUCUCGGGCACUUUUGGAUUGAUUAGUAGUGUGGGACUUUUUCAGAGCUAUUGGUUGGAACAUCAGUUGAAGGGGUAUAGUGAGAGGGAUGUAGUGUGGAUUGCUGCUGUUUCUGGUAUGCUUCUUUCUUUUCUUUCCCUCACCUUUUCUCCCGAUCUUUUGCAAGACUUGAUAUUGGGAAUUCACAAGAUAAGAUCAAACUAACAAUCAAAACAGUCUUCCUCAACCUCUUCCUAGGCGUCCAAGUAGGUCCCCUCUUCGACUCCCACGGCCCCCGCUACCUCUUCGCUUUCGGUUCUCUCCUCUACAUCCUCUCCUGCGUCCUGCUCGCUGAAUGCACGCUCUACUGGCACUUCAUGCUCGUCUACGGGAUCCUGGGGGGGAUCUCUGGAGCUUGUCUUACUACCACCGCGCUAGCCGUUGUAUCACACUGGUUUGAACGCAAGCGGGGUACUGCGUCGGGAUGCGCAUUUGUUGGGUCUAGUGUUGGUGGUAUUUUGUUCCCUUUGGUGCUUAAGGCGACGCUGGAGAGGUAUGGAUGGAAGACUGCCACGAGGGUUGUGGCCGCCAUCGUGGGGGGGGUUCAUGGCUGUAGGCAAUGUUUGUAUUAAGGGACGGUUGCCGAGGAGGAGGGGAGGGGGCGCGGUGGAUUUGAGGUGCUUUUUGGAUGCGAGGUUUGGGUGGGCUACUGGGGGAGUUGCAUGUUAGUUUUUUUCCUCUUCCUUCUUUUUUUCAUUUCUUCUCCUUUCCCACUCCCUCGCCUCGAAAGACGGGUUCCACAUUAACAACCCAUCCCACGACCCAGGCUACGAAUUCGUCCUCUUCGCAACCCUCGCCCUCCUCCCCUCCUACUCCCUCAGCCGCGGCUUCCCCCCACAAACAGCCUACAACGUAAUCGCCAUCUUCAACGCGGGCUCCGCCUUCGGGCGUUCCUUCUCGGGGUACAUCUCCGACCGAAUCGGACGCUACAACACCAUGAUCCUCACGCUGAUCCUCUCCCUCUUGAUCAUUCUCGUCCUGUGGCUGCCUGUGAACCGCGAUGGCGUCAUCCAGUUCUACGUCUUCGCGCCGUUUUUUGGGUUCGGUAGUGCGGGGAUUGUGUCGAUGGCGCCGGUUUGUCUAGGGCAGUUGUGUGGAGCGGCGUAGUAUGGGAGGUAUUAUGGGACGAGUUAUAGUGUUGUUGCUUUUGCGUGAGUCUCUCCUUCCCACUUUUCUUUUCUCUUUUCCCCCUUUCUCUCUCUCUCUCUCUCUUUUGAUAUUUCUUGAUUGCGUGAGGCGAUUUUGGGAUGAGAGGAUUGAAAUACUAACCUCUUGGUAAUGCAAUAGCACACUCCUCUGUACCCCACUAGGCGGCGAACUCCUCCCCAAAAUCGGACCUACGGCGUUCGUGGGUUUCUUCGCGGGGGUUCUGGUCCUUGGUUUAGGCAGCUUUUUGAUGGCCAGGUGGGCGUGUUUGGAGUAUAAGUGGGAGUGGGGUGUUAAGAUCUAAAGUGUUGAACUUUUCAAAUCUUUUUUGGGUGCUUUUGGGUGCGUGGAGGUUGGAAAUGGGAGAUGAUCUUUGAAAGAAGAUGGGGUGUGAGGGGUUUCUUUGAGUGGGAAGGGCGUUUUUUGUGCUGUUUGUUGGGUACUGGGUGAUGGGUUUAGGGGAUGUGGGGUAGGGUUUCUUUGGAUGUGGUUUGUGAGGCGGGAGUUUGUGGUUUUAUGCUGGUACGAGUAUGUAUGGGGACGCUGGGGAGAAGAGCGUUGGUGUGAACUUGUAUGGAUGGGGAGAGGUUGAUGAUUACAAGCUGAAUUGUGUGGUAGCAUAGCCUCCCUUACAACACGGAUGAAAUGGGAUAAAUGAAAACGGGCCCAUAUGUUAUCCGGAAAAGAAGGAAGGCGUUGAUAUGUAGAGUGAUUGUGGAAGAUUGUAGAGGCUUUAGUUGGAGGUGUUGUUGGGCUGAAGAGUGUGGUGUACUGAAGGUCAUGGAGAAUUGAUUGAUUGUUUGAGAAGCUAUUAUACAGAGUAUUUAUAAGGGAAGGAAAAAGGGCAAGAUGAGAAAGAAAGGGGUAAAUCAGAGGUGGAGCCGUAUCUCAAUACGGACGCUGUACAAAUAAUAAUACAAUAAUGAAUAAGUGGAUU